AGAGAGAGAGAGAGAGAGACUUGAUGUGUGUGAGAGAGAGAGACUUGGUGUGUGUGUGAGAGAGAGAGAGAGACUUGGUGUGUGUGUGUGUGUGUGUGAGAGAGAGAGAGAGAGAGAGACUUGGUGUGUGUGUGUGUGUGUGAGAGAGAGAGAGAGUCAGAGAGAGAGAGAGAGAGACUUGGUGUGUGUGUGUGUGUGUGUGUGAGAGAGAGAGAGUCAGAGAGAGAGAGAGAGAGACUUGGUGUGUGUGUGUGUGUGUGAGAGAGAGAGAGAGAGAGACUUGGUGUGUGUGUGUGAGAGAGAGAGAGAGAGUCAGAGAGAGAGUCUCACGCUCCGUGUCUUGCGCCUGAUUGUGAGUGGGGAAACUCGUCCUCGCGCCUCGGUUUCGUGUUGAGUGACGUGUCGCUGGCGGUAGAAAAAGCUGGAGAGACGCUGCAGUGUUUUAAAUGACACUCAGUGCUUCAGUCCCUCUGUUCCAGUGUCUCUGUUUAAUGUCCUCCAGUCUGAUCUGAUUCCACUCCAGCGCUCGCGCUCAGACUAACGCAGGGCUUCCUGAGAAAGCAGAGAGACAGAAGGAGGGAGAGAGAGAGAGAGAGAGAGAGAGAGAGUUGCACUAAAGAGCACAGAAACAGCAGGAAGAGUGGAAUAUUUCACAAGUUGAUCAUGGAUGGAUUAAGUGCAACGUGUUGAGUCCAUCAUUUGGCGGUUUCUAGUUCAUUACAGAUGGGUGUGGGAAUGUCGUGGUUGCUGUGGGUGUGGAUCAGUGUGACUGUCAUGUUGGUGUGUGAUGCCACCUUCUACGAGACCAUACACCAGCACCUGGCACCACCUGGGACCAACAUCCAGAUACUUGAAGGAGGGACAUGUGAGGUGAUUGCUGCACACAGAUGCUGUAACAAAAACAAGAUCGAGGAGCGAUCACAGACAGUCAAGUGUUCCUGUUUACCUGGGAAAGUAGCAGGAACCACAAGGAAUAAACCCUCCUGUGUGGACGCCUCUAUAGUGGUGGGGAAAUGGUGGUGUGAGAUGGAACCGUGUCUGGAGGGAGAAGAGUGCAAGACUCUGCCAGACAACUCGGGCUGGAUGUGCUACUCUGGGAACAAGAUCAAAACCACCAGGAACACUCAUCCGUAUACAUCAUUGUAGCAGUGGGAGCAGUUCAGUGUAAAACAAAGGAAUCCAACAGGACAACAGUAAACUAAACUGCUCCAAUGGAAGGAAGCUGGUGAACUUGAUGUUACAUUUCAGGCGGCUAUUUCAUUAUUCAACUUUCUACCCAAUAAUGUGACCAUCGGCUGUCUGAGGAAGUCUCUGGACAUUUUUGUCAUUCAUGAUUUGACCAUUGUUUCUGCUCAUUUUGGUUUGCGCUGUAAAUCCUUGGUAGUCUGAGACCUUACGUACCCUGUUUGUUGCAGUUUGUCCAAAAUAUAGUCUUCAUUCAUGACAUUCCUGGUGAUCCUUAUUUCCAGAAUUGACUGAGCUAACAAACUCACCUACAGUGAUUUAUGGCAAGACUUUAUAGAAGGAAGAAGACUUUUCAUAAGAACAAGUGUGUAAAGCCUCAGCAGGUAUCAUUGAGGAGGUCACUGUAUUUCUCCUGCCAAUAAAAUGGACUGUUAAGGACAUGUGUAACAUAAAA